GAGAUCAAAUUCUGUCUUAUAUUUUAUGAAGAAGUGGAAACAGGUACCAGGAUUUCAAGAGCCCAAGGAGCUAAACUAACAAAAACCUAGAAAAUGAACAACCUCAACUGUGUUUGUGUCUCUGCCUUCACAGGUUGAUAUGAAAGAGCCUCACAGAGCUGCUGCUGGAACCUUUAUUUGCUUACUUUCAUAGCGUGAGAAUGGUUGUUAAAAACAAAAACUAUUGAUAAUAUAAAUAAUCCACAUGACGCAGUGAAUUUUACUUUAAGAUAUUUUUCUUUCGUUUUCUUUGUGUCAAUACCGGGGAUUACCCUGGUGUCUGUGCUUUCACUUUCACUGUGUUUUUAUUUGCCUGUGAUCUUAUUCAGGCUACAUAAAGAUCGCUGAACACCUCACAUAAUCAGAUUCCUUCACACACUCACCUGUGCUCUCCAAAGCAGAUCUUUAAAACAGAAUAAUAUCACUGUGCUACAGCUACACUGGACUUUUGGUUCUUCUCCAGGUCGCAGAAAGAAGAGCUGCUUUGUGUUCUUGAGCUGAUUAUCGACUAAAUAUGGACAAAGAGCAACUCGAAUUCUUCCGGGCUCUGAGAGCCAUGGCUUUUUUAGAGGCGUUGGAAAUGCAAGCAGAAAUUCUGAAAAGGCUGGCUGCUGCAUGUUGCCCUGAAAGUCCCAGGAGCUCUGCUGAAAGGAAAAGAUUAAUAAACCUUGCAACAGAAAACUGCAAAGAUGAAACUGUCCUGCAGUGGCUGAGAGAAAAUUCAGAGUCUGGCACCUUCAGAAAACUCUCAGACAUGUUUGAUUUCCUGAAAAGUAAAAUUGAUGAGGAAGAAAAGAAGAACCAUGAUGACACUGUUGACAUAAUCUUUGUGGCACAUGGAUCAAUCAGAGACUCCAUGAUCCCAGCCAGCUGUUUGCUGCCUCUGCCCACCAUCACUGACCUGGUCCUGUACUCUCCCUGGAACUGUGCCACCACACCUGAAGUGACCUAUGGCAUUGCAACAGGGAAAAUGAGGCCAGAGCACAGAAUUUUUUACCGUGAUUUUCCACUACCAUUUGUUUUCCAUAGUGUAACUGUUGUUUACAAACAGCAACCCCCGAACCUACCAGACUGCUGGAACUCACUGAAGAAAGUUGGAGGACGCAUGAUCCCAAACAUCAUUGUGAGCCCUCUGCGACCAUAUGAUGGCGUGUGGGAAAGAUUUAAGUCUCUCUCAACAAAAUAUGGUCCACCAGGAAGAAACCACAUCGUCAUCCCGUUCAUCCUACCAGGAGAGAGUGAAAGUGUCCCGUUCUCUGUCGUCGCCUUGGCUCUGUCCCUGGUGCUCCUCUCUUCCAGGUUUAAAGCCACCGUGCACCUUGAUACCUGUCUGAGUGAUAAGUCUACAGGACAGAAAUCUGACAGGAAGUAUCUGCAGGAGCAGUACUACUGCACUGAAGACAACACUGGGAUGACCUGCUCACCAGAUGCAUUCGAUGUGAACUGGGAAAUGCUGAAAAGAUUAAUAAACCUUGCAACAGAAAACUGCAAGGAUGAAACUGUCCUGCAGUGGCUGAGAGAAAAUUCAGAGUCUGGCACCUUCAGAAAACUCUCAGACAUGUUUGAUUUCCUGAAAAGUAAAAUUGAUGAGGAAGAAAAGAAGAACCACAGUGACACUGUUGACAUAAUCUUUGUGGCACAUGGAUCAAUCAGAGACUCCAUGAUCCCAGCCAAGUGUUUGCUGCCUCUGCCCACCAUCACUGACCUGGUCCUGUACUCUCCCUGGAACUGUGCCACCACACCUGAUGUAACCUAUGGCAUUGCAACAGGAAAAAUGAGGCCACAGCACAGAGUUUUUUAUCGUAGAAAAGAAAAAGGUGACAAAAUUCCUCUUGACAAAUAUCAACCCCUGAACCUGCCAAACUACUGGAACUCACUGAAGAAAGCUGGAGGACGGAAGAUCCCAAAUAUCAUUGUUAGCCCUCUGCAGGAAAUUGAUGGUACGUGGGAAAGAUUUAAGUCUCUCUCAACAAAAUAUGGUCCACCAGGAAGAAACCGCAUCGUCAUCCCGUUCAUCCUCCCAGGAGAGAGAGAAAGUGUCCCGUUCUCUGUCGUUGCCUUGGCUCUGUCCCUGGUGCUCCUCUCUUCCAGGUUUAAAGUCACCGUGCACCUUGAUACCUGUCUGAGUGAUGUGUCUACAGGACAGAAAUCUGACAGGAAGUAUCUGCAGGAGCAGUACUACUGCACUGAAGACAACACUGUGAUGACCUGCUCACCAGAUGCAUUCGAUGUGAACUGGUGGGAUCGUUUUAAGAGUCUGUUUAGUUAGAUGCACUCAUCCACAUCUUAUAAUCUUUUCUGUGUUAAAUGUUUUAAAACUGUUUCAGAAACAUUUAACCACAAAAACAGUUUUAUUGUUUCUCUGAAAAAAGAAACCCACAGGACUCAUGUUAGAACAUAUGUUUGAGUUUAAUCACAAUUGCAGAUGCUUCCAGUAGUUCAAAGUAGCCUUCAGUCUAUCAGCCAGUUUUUCUUCUUUAAUGAAGCCUACAUGAAUCAGAAUCAGAAUACUUUAUUGAUCCCUAGGGGAAUUUAUUUAAUUAUUACAUGAACCAGUCUCCAGAUUUUUGUGCACUUUAAGCUGUUUGUGUAGCUGCUGCUUUUCCUCAGAGCUCAGGCUGGACUUCAGUGUACUGACUGUCUUAUACUUUAUCCUGACAGGAAAGAGUACACAGCACUUUAUUGUCUAGUUUAGCUCCAUGACAUGGAGGUAAAUCUGCAAACAGCUCAGCAGACAAA